AUGUCGGACGCUACUGUUGGCCAGACGAAGCAGUUUGGAAAGGGCCAGCGGACUGUGCCGCACCCGGCCCAGAAGGCCAUGAAGUGGUACCCCGUGGACGACGAGUCGCAGCCCAAGAAGGUUCGCAAGACUCUGCGUCCCACUAAGCUCCGCGAGAGCCUCCAGCCCGGUACCGUCCUGAUCCUCCUCGCUGGUCGUUUCCGUGGCAAGCGCGUCGUUCUCCUCAAGCACCUCGACCAGGGUGUUCUCCUCGUCACCGGCCCCUUCAAGGUCAACGGUGUCCCCAUCCGCCGCGUCAACUCCCGCUACGUGAUCGCCACCUCCAAGCGCAUUGACAUCUCCGGUGUCGACUCCAAGACUCUGGAGAAGAUCUCCGCUGCCGACUACUUCACCAAGGACAAGAAGGCCGAGAAGAAGUCCGAGGAGGCUUUCUUCAAGCAGGGCGAGAAGCCCCAGAAGAAGCAGGUUGCCAGCGCCCGUGCCACCGACCAGAAGACCAUCGACCAGUCCAUUCUGGCCACCGUCAAGAAGGAGGAGUUCCUUAGCAGCUACCUCGCCACCACUUUCAGCCUCCGCAACGGCGACAAGCCCCACGAGAUGAAGUGGUAA